AACGAGGAACAAUCUAAGACAGUUCGAAUUACUGUCCUUACCGCCAACUCUCUCGUGAAACGAGAGGUUUUCAGUCUCCCAGACCCAUUCGCUGUCGUCUCCGUUGACGCCGAUCAAACAUACACCACCAGCCCUGUCAAAAAGAGCCUCAGCCCAACGUGG